AGCAGCAGCGGCAGCAGGCGGCCGAGAGCAGCACGCUCGCUCCAGCAUCUCCCGCAGCCCUCCUCCGGUGCGGACUCGCGUCCUUGCCCGUCAGGCGCAGGCUGUGCCCGGCUCUGGCGGCUCCCCUAUAGAACGCCGAGGACGGAGCCUCCCUCCGCUGGUGGCGAGGGCAGGGGAGCGCUAGGGUCGCCUUGAGUAAAGGAGCCAGUCUGCAGACGCUGCUUCUCCCCGCCCUGCCCUCGCUUUCCUCCCGGCGCAGCCCUCUGCCGAGCCAGGCGCAUCAUGACUACGGGAGGCGAUUUCGGGAACCCGCUUAGGAAAUUCAAGUUGGUCUUCCUAGGGGAGCAAAGCGUUGGGAAGACAUCCCUGAUCACAAGAUUCAUGUAUGACAGUUUUGACAACACAUAUCAGGCUACAAUUGGAAUUGACUUCCUAUCUAAAACCAUGUAUUUGGAAGAUCGGACAGUACGGUUGCAGCUCUGGGACACAGCAGGCCAAGAGAGAUUCCGAAGUUUGAUUCCCAGUUACAUCCGUGACUCUACAGUAGCUGUGGUGGUUUAUGAUAUCACAAAUCUCAAUUCCUUCCAACAAACUUCCAAAUGGAUUGAUGAUGUCCGAACAGAAAGAGGAAGUGAUGUCAUCAUUAUGUUAGUGGGCAACAAAACUGACCUUGCAGAUAAAAGGCAAAUCACCAUUGAAGAAGGGGAACAGAGAGCUAAAGAACUGAAUGUAAUGUUUAUUGAAACAAGUGCAAAAACAGGAUACAAUGUAAAACAGCUCUUCCGACGUGUUGCAUCAGCCCUACCAGGGAUGGAGAGUGUUCAAGAGAAGAGUAAAGAAGGGAUGAUAGACAUUAAAUUGGACAAACCACAGGAACCACCAGCGAGUGAAGGAGGAUGUUCUUGUUAAUGCAGAAUGCAGGAUCUGUCAGCUUCAUUUGACACCACGCUUGUUGUGUUGCUUCCUAUUGGUUAGCUUCCUCAAAAUACAAAUUGAGUUAUUGGUUGGGGAGGAUUUUUUUUCUCUCAAUACUUCUUCUCUUGGGUGGGGAGGCUCAACACAAAUCAACAGCUGGCUCUAGCCUUUUCUUUUUUGUUUUAUUUAGUUGUAAUAUAAUGUACUUUAUUAAAAAUGCCAAAACAAUUCAGAAUUUUCCACAAGACACUUUAAUCGUGUGUAUACAACUUUCAGCCAUGGGGACUUUUAUCCUUUUUGGGGGCACCUUUUUUUUUUAAAUUGUAUAUUUGUAAAAAAUAAAAGUCAAGUCUCCAUCAACUUGAGCUAAAAUUUACAAAGAAAAACCCCAAGAUUAUACAGGCUGCCUAAUUUCAAAGUUUAACAUAUUAGCUGUAGCUGCAUCUUGUAGUAACCUAAUACUGAUCAGUUCAUUGAGCAUUACCAUUUAUACACCAGAGACAGCGUAGUCCAUCCCUUUGCAACUGUUAUAACAUAGUGCAGGUCUCUGAUUCUAUAGCUAUAAAGAGGAGGAAGAGCAAGCUAUAAGUAAAAUAUAAUUCAUGACAGUGGCAGCAUUUCUGCACAGUACACCCCAUUCUCAAAGAGAACAUCUUGGCACACUCUGUGGUGCAUGUACCACUUCCUGCAUCCUAUUUUAAUAUCAGAAAUGGUUUAAAGUCUUUACUUAUGUCACAUAGUCCAGGUGUGUGACUUUUUAAAACUUUAAUUGAAGCCCUAGAACAGUGGUUCCCAAACUUGGCAACUUUAAGACUUGUGGACUUCAACUCCCAGAAUUCUCCAGCCAGCUCUGCCAAGUUUGGGAACCACUGCCCUAGAACAAAUGUAUAAUUGAAUGUAUAUGGGAAACCAAGAACGCUCCUGUCUAUUUACAAGCAUCAUUUGGAUCAGGGAACUCUGGGUUAGUCUUUAUUCCCUGCAUAAAUCACUAUAAUCAGUAAGAUCACCAUUAAAUUUAUGUUGAAAACAUGUAUUUCUCCUUCCCACUCCCAAAAUAUCUUUAUGCAAUGCUUUCAAUUGUUAAAAGUAGAUUCUUCUAAUGAAAACAUUCAAACCAGUUGCCAAAUUUCAAACAGGAUUGUUAAUUACUAUAACGUCAAAAAAAUUACCCUAUAAGAUCACAAUUUUUAACCAACAGGACUAUUCAAGGAGGUUUAUUAUUAUGAGUGAUAGUAAUUUCUGCAUGAACGAACAAAGGUUGAGAGAGAAUAAAUGGUCUGUCUCCAUAAAUUUACCUUGGCAAUGACGAAGCGAUAAUGUAUGUAAUUUCGGUAUACAUGUGUAUGCAUGUCUCAUAGUGACAUAAAACAUACAUUAACACACGCAGCUGUGUAGAGGUGUAUGUAUACACAUCCAAGCACAAUAUAGAUGCUUGGUUUCACCCACUAUUACAGUUGAGAAUGCAGCCAACAAUCAUUGUAAAAAAAUAUAGUUGCUGCAGUGUGUGGGUCUAGAAAGUCUUUGUUAAUUGUUGGGGAAAAGUGUGAUUUGUCAAUGUCUUCAAUAAACGAAACUCAGAUACAUGUGAACCUAGAAAAAAAAACUA